AUAAUAAUCUUCCGAUAGGUUGUAACAUCAAGAACUCGAUAGUAUUGAAGUCUUUCUCUUCUUUAUGAUUUAACUUUAACCAGAUCGAUCGUUCCAUUCUAGUCAUUUACUCCCUUACUUUGUCAUCGAUUACAUAGGUCUGAUCAUAAGGUUUCCAGAACUAAAUAACUUCCUUUUAUCCCCUCUACUUUUCUAUCUCUGAUAAGCUUCAUCAACUCGGAGUUUGACUUCCUUCACAAGCUGUCAUACUUCUUUCUCCAUACAGUCAGGAUAACCUUUCCUACCUUUCCUACCUUUCUACCUUCCUACCUUCCUACCUUCCAACCACGCGUCUUACUUGACUGGCUGGAUGAUCUGUUCUGGAACCGCCCAAUGCUCAAUUCGACAACGUUUACCAAGACCAACAAAUCCAAAUCUAUUACAUAGACAACAACAAAUCCUUCUUCCUUCAUCCUCACAUAGACCAACCAUCCUUUCCUCUAUAAAACGUCUGCGACCACAACAAUCCAAGUCUACACCGUCUCAGAAUCGAUAUCUUCACUCCUUUUACUUGAAUUCCCCGAUAGACGGUCAAGCACGGAAACCUGUCUUCCUAUCAACUUUCGCACAGACCUUGGACCCAUUUUCAUUAUUCAUUGGACCGAAUUCUAAUAAGAUCCGACUAGGCGGGGUUAAACCACACCAUUACGGUCAUUCACUCUUCACGGAUCAUCACAAGAAGUUGAGACUUCGAAAUAUCGCCUCUUUUUCUUCACAAUCCUUAAACUCUCCUUCAUUCCCGUCAACGUCCUCUUUGACACCCACUCAAAAUAUGUCCAAUUUACCUCAACCAAAGAGCUCAAUAGCUCCCGGCAGUCCUUUGAGAGAACAGAGAGUGCAUCAUAGACUCGUCGAGAGACUCACCGAUCGACUCGAAACCCCAAGUCUAGAUGAUCGUUCUUAUCGAGUUAUCAAGCUUCCCAAUCAAUUAGAGGUUUUGCUUGUUCAUGAUGCUGAAACAGACAAAGCCUCUGCAGCUAUGGAUGUUAAUGUGGGGAAUUUCAGUGAUCCUGAAGAUUUCCCUGGUAUGGCGCAUGCUGUAGAGGUAAAAAUGGAUUUAUUCCCCAUGCUUACAGAAAUUAUGCUGACAUAUACUUUCUUUUUAGCAUCUACUUUUCAUGGGAACUAAAAAGGUAUGGUAUACCCUUUGUAUAGAAAUCUGGCGCACUUUCGCACAUCUCCCGGCUUAAUCACAAAUACUAACAAUUUGAGCAGUAUCCUGUAGAGAAUGCAUAUUCACAAUACCUUUCUUCACAUUCGGGAAGUUCCAAUGCGUAUACCGGUGCCACAUCUACAAAUUAUUACUUUGAAGUUGCUGCGAAAUCAGGGGAGGAUGGAGCUUCAGGAGAUUCGGAUCUCUCGCCUUUGUAUGGUGCUCUGGAUCGAUUUGCUCAAUUCUUCAUAGAUCCUCUAUUUCUCGAUUCGACUUUGGACAGAGAAUUGAAAGCGGUGGAUUCAGAGAACAAGAAGAAUUUACAGAGUGAUCAAUGGAGAUUGCAUCAAUUGGAUAAAUCAUUAUCGAACCCAAAGCAUCCUUAUUGCCACUUUUCAACGGGAAAUCUAGAGGUUUUGAAGAUACAACCAGAAUCGCGGGGAAUAAAUGUUCGAGAAAAGUUUAUGGAGUUUCAUGAAAAACAUUAUUCUGCGAAUCGCAUGAAGCUUGUCAUAUUGGGAAGAGAACCAUUGGAUAAAUUGGAAUCAUGGGCGGCUGAUCUUUUCGCCGGUGUACGAAAUAAAGAUUUGCUACAGAAUCGAUGGGAGGAUGAGCGUCCUUAUGGUCCAGAACAACUUUCCACUCAAUGUUUCGCGAAACCUGUUAUGGAUUCUCGAACUUUGGACAUUUCCAUCCCCUUCAUUGAUGAAGAAUUAUUAUUCGAAUCCCAACCUAGCCGAUAUUUGACGCAUCUUAUUGGACAUGAAGGACCAGGUAGCAUCAUGGCUUACAUAAAGUCAAAAGGAUGGGCAAAUGCUUUAAGUGCAGGUCAGUUGAAUUCAAUGUAGAGGAGCUCAUCAUGCGAACUCUAGCUCCUCCCACAAAUUCCAAGUUUAUACUAAUUUUUUUUUUAGGUGUUUAUCCAAUAUGUCCUGGAACACCUGGUUUGUUCAGUUGCCAAAUUCGUUUGACAGAAGAUGGUCUCAAAAAUUACAAGGAAGUCGUGAAAGUCUUCUUCCAAUAUAUCGCACUGCUCAAAGAUGCACCACCUCAAGAAUGGAUUUUCAAUGAGCAAAAGGGCUUAGCCGAUGUUGAUUUCAAAUUCAAGCAAAAAACUCCAGCAAGUAGAUUCACCAGCAAAAUCAGCGCCGUCAUGCAGACACCAUUACCCAGAGAAUGGUUACUCAGUGGACAUAGCCGACUUCGAAAGUUCGAUGCAGGAAAAAUAUCAGCUGGACUUGAUUGCUUAAGAGCUGAUAAUUUCCGUAUGCAAAUUUCUUCACAAACUUUCCCGGGUGGUUGGGAUUCAAAGGAAAAAUGGUAUGGCACAGAGUAUAAAUACGAGAAGAUUCCGGCGGAUUUCUUGGAAGAGAUAAAGAAGGCUGCUUCUAGCAAGGAAGGAGAACGCUUCCCAGAAUUACAUUUACCUCACGUAAAUCAAUUUAUCCCAACUAAGCUCGAGGUUGAAAAGAAGGAAGUUCAAACGCCUGCCAUUUCCCCCAAGUUAAUCAGAAAUGAUGACGCGGUAAGGACAUGGUUUAAGAAAGGUCAGUGAAAUAUUCUUGCUGUGGUGGAAAUAAUUACUAAUUCGUUACUAGAUGAUACUUUCUGGGUUCCAAAAGCAAAUCUGUUCAUUCAAUGCAGAAAUCCUUUGCCAAUGGCGACGGCAGAAAACUCCCUCAAAGCAAGAAUGUACACCGAUUUGGUUUACGACGCAUUGGAAGAUUACGCUUAUGAUGCUGAGCUUGCCGGACUCGAAUACUCUGUGUCUAGUCAUUCAAUGGGUUUGGAAAUUAGUGUUUCCGGAUAUAAUGACAAGCUCUCAGUUCUUUUGGAGAAGGUAUUGACUACCAUGAGAGAUCUUGAGGUCAAACAGGACCGAUUUGAGAUUAUUAAGGAGAGGUUGACAAGAGGUCUAAAGAACUGGGACUUUCAACAACCUUACAAUCAAGUCGGUGAUUACAUGAGAUGGCUUAGUAGUGAGAAAGGUUACAUAAAUGAGCAAUACCUAGCCGAAUUACCACAUCUUACUGCGGCCGAUAUCCAGCAGUUCUAUCCACAUCUAUUAAGACAGAUGCAUAUUGAAACUUUUGUACAUGGAAACUUGUACAAGGAGGAUGCUUUGAAAUUGGCCGAUUUGACAGAAAGCAUUUUGAAACCAAGGGUAUUGCCUCAAACUCAAUGGCCGAUAGGUAGAUCUUUAGUCUUUCCACCUGGAGCUAACUUUGUCUACCACAAGACGCUGAAAGAUCCGGCCAAUGUCAAUCACUGUAUAGAAUACGUUCUAUCUAUUGGAGAUAAGGCAGUUCGUCCUCAACGAGCCAAGGCCCUUCUUCUCGAUCAAAUGACUCAUGAACCUGCAUUUGAUCAAUUACGAACCAAGGAACAGCUAGGAUAUGUUGUAUUUAGUGGAUGUUCAACUACAACUACCACCAUCGCUUAUAGAUUCAUCAUCCAAAGUGAAAAGACUCCACAAUAUCUUGAAGAACGAAUUGAUUCUUUCUUGGUUGGAUAUUCAGAAACCCUUAAGAAUAUGUCAGAUUCUGAAUUUGAGGGACACAAGAGAAGUUUAAUCACGAAACGAUUGGAGAAGUUGAAGAAUUUGGAUCAAGAAUCAAAUCGUAUCUGGUCUCAUAUUGAUUAUGAGUACUUUGACUUUGAACUUGGUAAGUUAUAUUCUGCUUGGAAUUGAUUUGAUAAACUAACAUGUUGAAAGUCCAUCACGAUGCUGCAAAUGUCAAAGCACUCACUAAAGAGGACAUGAUACAAUUCUAUGAUCAAUUCAUCUUACCAUCUUCUCCACUUCGAUCUAAACUCGCCAUUCACCUCAUUGCUCAAGGAACCUCUUUACCAGAAGAGAAACCAGAAGAUCAAACUGUUCUUGCCAUUAAUAAAGAUCGUAAGGAUGCUGAAGAUGGAGAAGCUAUUGUGGUUAAGGUUGAAGGUAAUGGUACUAAGCCAUAUGUCAUUACGGAUGUUCGACAAUUCAAGAGUCUGUUGCAAGUUACCGCAGGACCACAACCGGUCAAGCAUAUUAGUGAGUUUGAGGAUUUGGAUUCAAAAUUAUAAAUCAAAAAAGAGAGGAAAUGGGUAUAGAAUAUCAAACCGCAUUUUGGCGGAUGUACUUAGGAGUACAAUAGAUGUGCUUAGUUGGGCUUAAAUACUGGAUUGGACCGGACUGGGAUUGCAUGGCUGGGAGUUGAAUUGAAAAAUCAUUAUGGGGAUAGGUGGAGAUGGUAGAUAGAAUGGAUUGGUCUGGUCUGGUCUAGUCUUUGGCUUUGGUCUUCGGGUCUUUUGGUCUAGUAGAUAGAUACCCGCGAGAUUUUUAAAUGGAUGUGAUGAGUUGG